AUGAAGCAGGAAGAAAAAAACUCAAUAGGGUUCGCGAUUUUUAAGACUCCGUUCUCGUCUGAGGAGGAUAAGGCUGUAUGUAACCAAAUGACGCCAAAGUUCGGCUAUGCGGAUAAUGUUGAUAUGUUUGAUGCGCGCAAUGAAGACCAGUGCAAUGUUGUGGAACUAAAACAGGUUACGAGGUAUUCAUCUAAGGCCUCCGAGUAUGCUAACAGCACAAAGCUGCAUGUACCAUCGAUGCUUAAUUUACAGGCUUUGCCGAGGCGCGAUUUGGACGACGCAUUCUCGAUGGAUGAUGCCAAAACUUCUGCCUCUAUCUCGGACACAGCCAGCCCAUUCGGCACCGAGUGCGACAAAAUGAACUGGAACAAGAAGAAAAACGGAGAGUCGCUAGUGGUGCCUACUGCCUUCUCCACGUUUAAACGUAGUAGAUGUGAUCAUUUCCCUGGAUAUGCUCCCAGCAGCACGCUGCAGUUUGCCGAUGAGCCCUUCUUCACGGGGUACAAUGGCUCCUUUGCCUCUGAUGAGGUUUACGACAUUUCGGAAACGAAUUUCGAUUUCACCACGGUAACUGGCUAUGGCAUGGAUGAUGACUACACGGACAACUACGUGUCCAUCAUAGACAUGGUCUGUGGCGUAGCUGAUGAGUCGGAGGAACGCGCGAUUGGCAUGCGCCGCGACGUGCUUGUUGAGGCGCCCAAGGAGCUAGAGCCAGCGGCUGGAGAUCCUCCACUGUACAAGCAGAUGCAAGUGAAGUUGUCCGUGGCCAAGAAGGGGAAGUCGAACAAAAAGAGCAGAGGUUCAAAGGCUAGCAAGGAGCCGAUUGCGGUGGACCCCGUCAAUGUGACUAAGGAAUCAUCAGAGGCUUCUGGUGAGGUGGCUAAAGGCCCUGCCGCCGAGGAACGUAUUGAGUGGUACCCGGGCUUCAACAGACAGUUGGGAGCAAAGGGUAGAAGUGCCCUGCUCGAGCUUGUGAGGAGGGUUUACAGGCAGAACCCCCCGUACUACAAAUCCAUUCUGCAAGCCAGGAAUCCGCCAUCCUCGAUCAGCAACCUUCCCUUCUUCAACAUCCCCAUGCUCUGGGAGCUUACGCACCAGUUUGGCGUCUUCCAGCAGGCUGUUGCCAUUCACAAGAGCCAGAUGAGCGCCGCCUUAAGGAACGACAAGAGUAGGGGCAGGUCGAGGGUGGACCGCAGUCAUGCUGCACUGGCCGCUCAAGAAGCCAAAGCACAGCAACUAACACAGGAAGUUGCCAAGGAUGAUCAGGCGAAACUGUCGAGCCAGUCGAGUGAAACUAGCUGGGAUUCCGAUACGACCGGCGCGUCCCAGGAAUUUCAGAGUUCGAUGCAAGUGGAUGUCCCAAACGGCUCACAAAACAAGUUGGCAAAGCUCAAUGAAGAACCGCAGGAGCAAAACAUUACCGUGCCUCAGAACCUUAUGGUGAAACGCGACGCCACGAUGUACGAACAGAUGUCCUCAGUGGAGGCGACCGGAGGAAGAGCCACUCCGCCGGCUCAGGUGGAGCACGUCAAGCACAGCAGGUACCAGGGAGUGAGGGGCGACAAUGCGGGCCAAGUUGAACCUGUCAAGCAGCAUUUCACCACUCUGUCUGGAAGGUCAAUCAAGCCCACCAAGAGAUACGCCGACUACCAGGGCGAGUACGGCAACCAAGCUAAGCGCUACUCGGCCUACAAUGAGAACCACAACCAGACCACCAAUGACACCGUGUCUAGCUGCGACUCGAACUGCACUUCACGGGAUCCCUCCAACGUAAUUGCCGAGUGCGAUAGCCCGGCGCUCUCCAGCUCCACUGUAGUCAGCCUUUCCAAGAGUGAAGAUGGAUCGGGCGAACUUGACGUCGAAUCAGCGGAAUUGCCACCCUUGUCGCUGGUGUGGUGCGUCAAGCAGCAGAUCUCACAAAAGAACAUGGACGCCAGGUGCGAUGCCAUGGCUGAGCGUCUCAGCCCAGUGGCAUCCGCCCGCGGCACGCCUUCUCGCUGCAUUUCUGUGUAA